AUGGGCUCCAGCAGCUCGCUUUCUGUUGUGCCAUGUGGAUUCGCCUUCUUGUCUGAUGCUGCGACACGCCCCAAGAACGGCCUGCUGGUGUUUGCUCAGCAGUGGGACACUCGCUGGGGACCCAGCGAUGCCUUCACGGUCCACGGCCUGUGGCCCGACACAUGCGACGGCAAGAUGCUCCCGAGCAAUGGCUGCGACCCGCAGCGUGCGUACACAAACAUAUCCAGCAUCAUCCGCGCCGACAGCAUGGAACUGCACGACAAUAUGAACACAUACUGGCCGUCGAACAAGGGUGAUAACAACUGGUUCUGGACCCAUGAAUGGGUCAAGCAUGGCACCUGCGUCUCAACGUUGGAGCCGCGCUGCUACGGCGCCGGCUACACAUCGCAGGAAGAAGUCGUCGACUACUUUAGCACAAUUCUGAAGCUACGCGCCAAGUACGAUAUCUACAAGGCACUGGCGGCCUCAGGAAUCACGCCUACCAAACCUGAAGCUGGCCGCCGACCCAAGAACACGUACACGCUGGCGCAGUUCAAGGCAGGCACUGAAGGAUGCUGCCGUGGGCGGCGCCUGCAAGAGGUCUGGCUGUGGUUUAAAGUGCGCGGUCGUGACGACUACUACCCUGUCGCCCCUUGGGGCUCAGACUCGUGCUACCGCAUCGCUUACGAGCAAAAGCACUAA